AAAAGAACAAGAAAAAUAAAAACAGAGCUAUCCAUCAGCCCCGUUGUCGCUCUCAAGGCAUCUCUGCAAUCUUUCACGUAACACAGUCUCAGGAAGACGUAAAGCAACUGUAAGAACAGAAAGAUCCACAUUAUCAUCGUAAUUUUCGAACUAAAAGGAUUGGUUUUGGUGCGGAAUAUAGUGGACUUAUAGACGCCCAUUUGGGCGAAUUGAAGUAGAUAUUGAAGAAUGCGGAGAAAUUUGGCUUGAAUUCUUGUUUGCAUUGUUAGUUUUUCGUGUGGUGUGGUUUUUGUGACAAGUGUUUGUGCAAAUGGAUGACAUUGCUGGUUUACGAGAGGCAGCUGGUUCUAGAUUUUCUUCGCUGGAGUUGAUCGGGAGAGGUUCUUUCGGGGAUGUCUACAGAGCGUUUGAUAAGGAGCUUAACAAAGAAGUUGCUAUCAAAGUUAUUGAUUUGGAAGAAUCAGAGGAUGAAAUUGAGGACAUUCAGAAGGAAAUUUCUGUUUUGUCACAAUGCAGAUCGCCAUAUAUUACUGAGUACUAUGGUUCUUAUCUCCACCGGACAAAACUGUGGAUAAUAAUGGAAUAUAUGGCUGGUGGCUCUGUUGCUGACCUUCUGCAAUCAGGUCCGCCACUGGAUGAAAUGUCAAUUGCUUGCAUUUUACGUGAUCUUCUGCAUGCUAUUGAAUAUUUACAUACUGAAGGAAAAAUUCACAGAGAUAUAAAAUCGGCAAACAUUUUAUUGACAGAGAAUGGUGAUGUUAAGGUUGCUGAUUUUGGUGUUUCUGCACAAUUAACAAGGACAAUAUCAAGGAGGAAGACAUUUGUAGGAACCCCAUUCUGGAUGGCACCAGAGGUGAUUCAAAAUUCAGAAGGGUACAAUGAGAAGGCAGAUAUCUGGUCUUUGGGGAUAACUGUGAUUGAGAUGGCGAAAGGAGAGCCCCCACUUGCAGAUCUUCACCCAAUGAGAGUUCUUUUUAUAAUACCUCGAGAAAAUCCACCGCAGUUGGAUGAACAUUUUUCUCGCCCUAUGAAAGAGUUUGUUUCAUUGUGUUUGAAGAAAGUACCUGCUGAGAGGCCAAGUGCAAGGGAACUUCUCAAGCUUCGAUUUAUCAGGAAUGCUAGGAAGAGUCCAAGGCUUCAGGAGAGAAUAAGAGAGCGGCCAAAGUACCAAAUAAAGGAGGAUCCAGACAAACCAAUAAAUGGUAUCAGAUCUUCAGGAGAGGAGUCUGGCACUGUGAAGGUGGCAAGAACUAUGAGAAGUGAUGAAACUGUUCGAGCCAGUAGUCAGGGGCAAACCGGUAGAAAUGAUGGGUGGGACUUCAGUAUUAGUGGAUCACAGAGUACAGGAACUGUCAGAAGUGCUGUAAGGCCACCUCAGAUUAGAGAAAGGAAACCAGAAGUUCCGUAUAAUCAGGCUACUCAAAGGAGAACUUCAGAGAGUGAUAACCAGUGGCCUGGAAGAGCAUUUCAUGAAUUGCCAGAACUUUCUUCUGGAAAAGAUUCUAGAGAUCUAUACCAUGAUGACUAUGAGGAUGAUAGCUAUGAAGAUGAUGAGGUGAGUGGCUCAGGAACUGUUGUUAUAAGAAGUCCAAAAAAAUCUCAAUCAUCUGGUCUGUCACAUGAUCGAAGUAGUCUGUCAAGCAGCAUGUAUCGUGCUGAUGCUUCUACCAGUGGAACUGUUGUCUAUCGUGGUCAACUUGAUGAGCCUGAUUCUACUCGCACUUCAAAAUCCAGGCUAGGAAUUCAAGAGAGAAUUUUCAGUGCUGCACUUGAAGACAGUUCACAAAAUCUGGCAGAGGCAAAAGCUGCUAUUCAGAGUGGCUUUAGGAAAGGUAAUCCUAGAGAAAGAUUAGGGCUGGGCAAGAUCAAUAAUAAUGGUCAGGAAUACAGAAGAAGAGAACAAAUCACAAGCAACUCCAAUUCUUCGAGAGAUUCCUCAGAUUACUUCGAUGCACAAAGAACAUUUUCUAGAUCAGGCCAAGCAAGUGAUGAUGAAGAUGGUGCAAGAGUAAUAUCAUCAUCUGCGCCAUUAUCAGUCUUGCUUAUCCCUUCCCUAAAAGAGGCAGUUGCUGAUGAUGCAGAAGGACCUGUUGUGUGCGAGGUCAUAGGCUCAUUAAUAAAUAUGGAACGCUCGAAGCCAGGUUCCUGCACAGUUCUUGUCAGAAAGUUGCUUCAGCAAUUAGCAAGAUCAAAGGAGUCAUCAAUGAAAGAUCUCCAGGAGCUGGCUGCUGGCAUCUUCGCUGCUAAGUCCAAGACAACUUCUGAAUUAACACAAAAUGUGAAUUCCGAGGCUGAUAACAAGAAAAAGCAACCAACAAAGGAAUACUCAUCAAAUUCUAAUUUAAGCCCACUUGCGAGGUUUCUACUCUCAAGAUGGCAGGGGCAGUCACAAAUCUGAAAAAUGACCCAGUUUAAAAUUUUUGAUUCGUCAGAAAAUUAGAAAAUCCCUGCAGGGCUAAAAUCAGUACAAAGAGCUUCUAGUGAUCUUAACUUCCCCAUCAGAACAAGUUUCAGUUCCCCACAGAAACUUAUGGGUUGGAGCCCUGGAUUCCAAUAAUUCCACCAGAAAACAUGGAAUCUGAAGUCCCUGGGAAUUGGAAUUGCAGCACUCUUUUUGGCAGCUCCUACUUAUAAUUUCUUAUAUUAUUUUUACAGAAAGAUUACCUAUUUUCUCUCCAUUAAUAUUAUGCAAAAACUACUGUGAAUCUACUUACAGAUUGAAGCUCAAACUCAACAGAAUCGACCUGAUAAACCUAUUGCUAAGUUAUUUAUUGUUUUAUUUUAUUUUGUUUUUUGUAUAGAGAAGAAUUAAUGAUCCCUGUAAUAAUGUUGAACUCUCAGCUAUUUUCACAGCUAGCAAGCUCUCAUCAAAACCAA